AUGGAUGUCUUUCAGAGCGCGCAAAGCUACAUCACCAAGAUUAUCACUCAAGGCGAGAGUGCAGCUACAACAGAUGGCGGCGCCGCGAAGAUGAAGAUAUUGCUGCUCGACAAGGACACUGUACCCAUAGUCUCGUCCGCAACAACCCAGUCUGCGCUCUUGAACCACUCCGUGUACCUCACAAACCGCCUCGAUGAUCAAAAUCGCGAGAAGAUGCGACAUCUACGAUGUCUCUGCUUCCUAAGACCAUCCUCGGAUAGUAUACAACUUCUCAUCGACGAAUUCAGAGAGCCGCGUUACGGCGAGUACUACAUCUAUUUCAGCAACAUAGUCAAGAAGUCCACCCUUGAACGCCUUGCCGAAGCAGAUGACCAUGAAGUCGUCAAGUCGAUUGUGGAAUACUUCGCCGAUUUCCUAGUCAUCAACCCGGAGCUCUGCUCGUUACCGCUACCCACACGCAUCUUCUCCUCCUCGCCAGACUCGUGGAAUCAUGACAGUCUGACCCGAACGKUGGAAKGCGUUCUCGCGAUGCUACUCGCGUUGAAGAAGAAGCCGCUCAUACGAUUCGAGAAAAACAGUAUGCUCUGCAGGAAGCUUGCGACAGAAGUGCGGUAUUCGAUUACACAGGAGGAACAGCUGUUUGACUUCAGAAAGCUCGACACGCCGCCCAUAUUGCUCUUGGUAGAUCGGAGAGACGAUCCUGUUACCCCAUUACUGACGCAGUGGACAUAUCAAGCCAUGGUGCACGAGCUAUUAGGCAUUGAGAAUGGCAGAGUCAACCUGAGCGAUGUUCCUGAUGUCAGGCCUGAAUUUAAGGACAUCAUAUUGUCUCAAGACCAGGAUCCAUUCUUCGCAAAGAACAUGUACUUGAACUUUGGUGAUCUGGGCCAGAAUGCCAAGGAGUAUGUCGAACAAUUCGCUUCCAAACAGGCAUCUGGACAGAAGCUCGACAGCAUCGAAGACAUGAAACGAUUCGUCGAGGAGUAUCCAGAAUUUCGCCGUCUUUCGGGUAAUGUCACCAAGCACGUCACACUUGUGACCGAGCUCAGCAGGAGGGUUGGCACAGACAGUCUGCUUGAGGUCAGCGAGCUCGAGCAAAGUCUGGCUUGCAACGACAACCACUCCAACGAUGUCAAGACUCUUCAACAACUGAUACAGGACCCCAAAGUGCCGCCGAGCAACAAGCUCCGAUUGGUUGCCAUCUACGCGUUGCGAUAUUCUGGGCACUCGAACAACAGCACUCCAGCUUUGAUGGACUUACUUGCGGUUGCCGGGAACAUCAGCCGAAACCGUAUCAACCUGAUUCCAAAGCUCCUGUCUUACGCACAUUCCCUGCAAUCUAUUCCCACGAGCGGCGGUAUACCAGAUCUUUUCCAGCCAAGCAACAUUUUCUCGGAAGCUCGGUCCCGCUUCAACCGUGGUCUGCGCGGCGUGGAGAACGUGUACACUCAGCACUCCCCUCGAUUGGAGAACACACUGCAGGAUCUGAUCAAGGGACGAUUAAACACCAACGCCUUUCCAUUUGUGGAAGGUGGUGGGCAGACCAGGGACAAGCCACAAGACAUCAUCGUCUUCAUGGUUGGUGGCGCGACGUACGAGGAGGCUAAGAUGGUUGCACAAGUCAAUGCGAGCAGUCCUGGUGUGAGGGUUGUGUUAGGUGGUACGGGAAUGCUAAACAGUGCUUCUUUCUUGGACGAAGUGGAGGAGGUAGUGGAUGCUUGGCCGGAAGCCAGAUCUGAAUCUGCUGCGGGCAGAUUGAGGAGGGAGGUCGGGAGGAGUUAA